AUAUCUCAGUUUAUUGUAUAAUUGUCCUUUAAGUUAAUAUAGUGAAAUACACAUGAACAUUAUGCAAAUUUUAUCUUGUGCGCGAAUAUUUUAAUAUGUUAGUACACUUUGUUGGAAGAAUUUGAAACUGUCACACGAGGACUUUUAUUUUAUGAAAUAAUAAUAAAAAAAUGGAUUGUUCAAAUAUAAAUGAUAUAGAUAUAGAAGAUUCUUUAACUAAUUUAAACACUCAGUUAAAUAAAUCUAUGGUUUUAAUGGAUACUACUGAGACUGAAAUAUUGUUACCAAAAAGUAAACGAGCCAUCAAGAUUAAUACAAAAAUUCAACCACCCAGUCCCUUUAAUAGUACUCCUGUGUCUAGAAAGAGCAUUUUGAAAAAGGAUGGGAAAAGAAAUACAACAGAGAUACAGCAAAAUGUAGAAAAUAACAUGAAGACACUAAAUGAAACAGAUAAUAAUAAUACAACCUCGAUCAACAUUUUAUCUACUACUAGACCACAAAAUAUCAAUGAAUUGGUUGAAGGAGAAAAUUUAAUUAUAGAAAGUACAGAUUCGACAUUUACAUUGGAAGAUCUAUCUGAUAAUGAAGACGUAUGGAUCAUGGACAUUCCUAGAACAAUAGAUCCAAUAGAACUUAAGGGUCAAACAUUAACAUUUGGAGAGAAAUCAAAAUUUAAAGUUAAGGAUGAAAAAUAUUGUGCAGUGAAUCAUGAAGUGAAAUCCAAUGUCACUUGUAUAUUUAAUACUAACAGUGUGAAGUCAAGAUAUAAAGCUGUUAACGUAAAGCCAGUAGGGACGAUAGGUGUGAGAAAGAAACUAUCAAGUGUUUCAAAGACAAAAUCAAUGCAAAUAGAAAACUACAGUGUGCCAUUCCCAAAAAAUUUGAGAACUCGACAUCCAUUAUUUGGUGUAAGUUAUGAAGGUAAAACUAGAAAAGUGCAAUAACAUGGCUAAUUGAGAAAAACAUGAGACAUGCACUAUAUUCCAAAAUUGUGUAUAGCAAUGAGAAAUUGUAUGCACAUGAAUCAUGAAAAUUUCACAAAUAUUUCCAUUUUUGCACUUGAUUAAAACUGGAUUGAUUUGAACGUAAAUAAGGUAUCAUUUUAUCUUAUUGAACGCAAUAGUGAGUGUAAAAUUAUGUGUAUAAUCUUGUAAAAUAAAAAACUUGUCUGAUGGAA